AAGGCCUCUGAAAGUAGUUGCAUUUGAAACGUGAGUUAAGGCAGCGGCGUGUUUUCUCUGUCAGUGCAAAAAAGUAGUAACAAAAAAAAAAAACAAGAAUACAUUCAUGUUUCUCUACAUAAAGUUUGCAUUUAUCUUCAUUUUACCGAAAUGUCUGUUAAUCGCUGCAAUUCCGUCGGCGAGGGUAGACUCUCUACAACGGUAUGGCAUUGAAAAUCAACAGUCAAAUGACACUUUAAUCUUAAUGAAAUUUAUACAAGAGCAACAGCUGAAGAAACAGCACCAACUUGAACAAAAUCACGCAGAUGAAAAUCAUUAUCGCCAGCAUUUUCGACAUCAUGCUGUCACAACAACAACAACAACAACAACAACACGUGCGACAAGUGCCUCACGAAUUAAUGUAACACCUAUCAGCGUACGACGGAAUAUCAGCAGUUUCGUGCCUAUCUCCACUGCCACCCCAGCCAAUGCCCCUUCUGCUCGUUACAAUGCAACAAAGCCAAAGUCUGAGAAGGUGAUACUGUACACGAAGAAACGCAAAUGUAAUUAUCAUCGCCGACGAUGUUGAAUAAAAGGCGCAGAUAGGGAAAAGUAUUUAUAUGUGUAUUGAAAUAGUAUAUAUUUUAAUAAGUAAACAAUAAUUGAACUGAAAUAAUAAAAAAAACUAAU